UUUAGGUUAUGUCUCAACUGCUCAAUAAACAAUUUUGAAUAUUUUUAAUUUUUAAAAAUGAUUUUAUAAUAUUAUUGUUCUUGUAAGCACCGUUAAAGUUCUCGCAAUGGAAUACGGAACCGAUCUGUUAAUUAAAGCAAUCAAAAUUAAGGAUACAAACGAAAUAAAAUUAAGAUUAGCUCAAGGUGCUAAAAUCAACGAAAGAUGUGGUUUAGGUACCACCCCACUAAUAGCUGCAGUUGAAACCGGAGAUUUAACCAUAGUUAAACUUUUAAUUGAAAAUUCCUCAUCCAGAUUACAUGAAAGGGAUGCAUCUCCUCAUAAUAAUAUUGGUUAUUUUGUUGUAAAUGGGGAUUGUGAUACUGACUUAGAUGAUGUCCUCACACCUGAAGGCAUGGAAGCGUUAGAGUGGGAUUCAGAGCUUGGUAACUCAGGAAAUAAUUCACCACCUUCCUCUCCAGAAUCUGAAGGGAGUUUGUAUCGUUGGUAUGCAAGGAUAUUAUCAAAAACUUCGGAGGUUUUACAUUUUGGAGAGUAUGACAUGACUCGGUUAGAUUGGAAAGGAUGGAACGCAUUGCAUUAUGCGGUUAAGCAAGGAUACUUAGACAUAACUCAAUAUCUCUUAGAAACGUGUCCCGAAGUAUCGGUGAAUGAUUCAGAUUCAGAAACAUUCACCCCUCUACACUUGGCAACCAAAUACAACCGACCCCAACUAGUAAAAUAUCUUCUAAGCAAAGGUGCAAACGUUAACGCCUUUACAGAACGCAAAGAAACUCCAUUACACAUUGCAUCAAAGUUGGGUUCCGUUGAAAUAGUUCGUUUCCUCUUAAAGAAUAGAGCGGAUGUGAACGUGUUCGAUAUUGAAGAGCAAUCGGCUCUACACAAAGCGGUUAUAAACCGACAUGACGAGGUCGCCAAAAUGUUAAUUUGUGCUGGCACGAAGUUGAAUCACGAAGAUGUUUAUCGAAAAACAGUUAUGUUGUAUGUGAUUUUAAAUGAUAUGAUGGAUGUAGCUCGAGAUUUGGUGGAUUAUGGAGCGAAAAUCAUGCAAAGUCAAUUUCUGUUACAUUUAGUGAUAACGAAAGGUGAUUUUGAGGCGGUGAAGAUUUUACACAGAGGGGGAGCAGUAUUAACAGUUAGAGAUGAUGGGGGCAAUACCCCACUUAUGCGUGCAUGUUCUAAUCAGCAGUUUUCGAUUGCUAAAUAUUUACUGGAGAAUGGCGUUUCUGCAAACGCUACAAACCCAAUAAAUGGCCAGACGGCUCUCCACAACUGCAUCCAAGCAAUAAAAAGCCCGGAUUUAUUUAAACAAUUUUUAGAUCUUCUUGUAAAUUAUGAUGUUAAUUUAAACUCUCCCAGUCAUUACGGAAAUCCUUUCUUCUACUCUCUCGAUUUACAAAAUAUUUGUGCUGCUUGUAUAUUAGUGAAAUACGGCAUUAACGUUAAUUUAUUGGAUGACAAAAGCGGGUUGAACACUUUGUAUUUAGCGAAGAAGAAAGGAAGUUUCGAGUUGGUCAAAUUGAUAAUAUUGGCCGGAUUUGAUUUGAAGAGAAUAAAGGAUCUAAAGAAGUUUAAUGAUAAAGAUGAUAAAAAUGACAACAUUUUUGAAUUUAUUGUAAAUACAAUGUCUAAGCCUCUUUUUUUAAGAGAUUUAUGCAGGAUUAGGAUAAGAAGGUGGUUGGGAAAACGAUUGAUGGUUACAGUAGAGAGACUUCCGUUACCCGUAUAUUUACAACGAUUUUUAACAUUAGAUAUAUUGUGAAAAAUUACAUUUAUAUUGGCAGCCACAUACAUAGUUGUUUUAGUAUUACAAAGUAGAUAACCAUUAACCCUAGUAGCUACUAAAAUUACUAUAUAUAUGGCUGGUAAUAAUCUUUGAAUAUUUUACUUACAAUUGCGCGAGAUUAAAAUACCUUUGUUUGUUUAGAUUAAAGAAUUUUAUAUCAAAAGUAGCCAUCGUAGUAGAGUCAUUACACAGAUCUGCAAGGUUUUGUUGUCGGUUAGUUGACAAUCAAUUUUCUGCGUAGAAUCAUAACCCGAUCUCAGAAUUGUACCAUCACGUCAGGAUUUUGAAGAGCAAGGAGAGCGUUUCCAUCAGGAUAUAAAAAAAAUGGAUAGGCGGUAUCAGGAAAAAUGAUCCACAUCUAUGCUAAUCGACUAUUGCUGGUCACUUCAAUGUGAUGAGCAAGAGGGAAUCUAGCACAAGAUCUAUGGAACACAAGCAAAAGAGAUUCUAUAAAAGUUAAAUACAAUACAAAAUACGCACUGGCGUGUCCUCGCAUCUGGCAGUACUCAUCCAUAGGCGGUAAUUUUAAAAUUAGGGGAAGGUGUUGGACCAUUAUAUUUCUAAAGCUAAUAUUUCAAAAUUUAUCAGUUACUAUUCAAAUCUCUUGAUACAGGGUUGUAUCAACUUGGAACAACGUUGAAUGCACCUUGGACCAAUUAGUAACUACACCUAAUUCUAUUUUUCUACAUUAUUAUUAACAAUAAUAAAUUAGAUAAUAAAAUGUGACAAGUACUUAUCAUUAUAAAGAGAAUAGAAAUAAAGCUUGAAAGUACUUACAUAGACAUUAUAUUGACUGAAGUCAACUGAAAACAUCUUCAUCACUAAAAACAAAGUUUCUGGCCGCUUUUGUGCCAACUAUUUUUUUGGAAAAAUCUACGUAAAAUUGAUGAGGGAUACCAUUAAUUUUAUUCACUAUUCUGAAAACAAAAUGUUUCGUCUUUCUAGUUGUACUAUAUAGUACAUAAUCGUUUUCUUGAAUACAGCGGAUUUUGGAAGACAAUGUACAAUUGAAUUUGACGUUUCGUCAACAUAAUACAUUUUGCUUGCCUCAAAUUUAUACCGCGUUAAGCAUUGUUUUAAAUUUACUAAAAAAUGUUUAAGAUUUUGUUUUUGUUGAAGGCUGUAGCACGUGAAGGACUAAUAGGCUCAAAUAUUCGAAGGCUUAUUGUUGGAUAUCGCAAGAGAAACACGGGAAUCCUUUCCUUACCAGCAUGAAUCCUUUCUUUCUUCAAUCCAUGAAUCUGGUAUACCUUCUUUAUUUACAACACCGAAUUCAAACACUAAUUUUUGUAUUUUGGUCGUCACUUAUUUUACUAAUAGAUGUUGUUUGUUAUAUUUAUGGUAUUAAUUGAUAAUUUUUCAAGGGACGAAGUGGUGUUGCUUAACAAUUUAGUUAUUAGAAAAUACUUAGUUUAAUCAAACUUAAAAAUGACACUAAUAACAUUAAAAAUUACGGAAAUCAAAAACCCAUUCGAAAUUUUUACUAUAACUACGAUGUAACCCCAUCUGUCGUGUGUACUUUCCAGUGUAGUAAAUAUUAUGUUUGUAGAAUCUUGUUUUAUAUGUGAAACUACUACCGGUCCAUGGUACAUUCGGUCCAAGGUACGUCACAUUCCCCUACCAUAACUUAUAAUAGAAAAAUCGCACAGCGCCAUUCGAAAGUGCAUUUUACAGGAUAAGGAUAAUACUAUAAGAUGAAAUAGAUAGAAUACAGCCAAAUAAUAUUGUACGUUUCACACUAACUUCAAAAGUACUCAAAAAAGUCAUUUUUCUUGUACACAAACUCCAAUAUCUAUGUCAAAAUCCUGAUGUGAUGGUCCAGUUCUGAGCUCGGAUUCAGAUUCCACCCAGAAAAUUACUUCGGAAAUGAUCGUUAGUCAUCCAACAACAAUCAAUACUCCUUUUUUUGCAGAUCUGUAUUAUUUAUAAUUAUUUAUUAAACUAUUAUUAUUAAAUACUUG